AUGGACCCGAACCAUGUCGACUGCUACACCCAAGCCCAAGUCGAGUUGCGCGAGUUGUUCCAUGAGCUUGAAUGCAAUGGCCAAGUAAGCGCAGCUGAGUUGCAGCAGUCGCUGGUCCCAUUUACUGCUGGAGACGUCAAGCGCGACCUGCUGCAGCUUCUGUCUGAUCUCAAGAGGAAGCGCCAGAGCCUCGACGAGCACGAGUUCCUACGCGUCAUGUGGCGUAAAAUGUACCUUGCCAGUGCAAUUGAAGCUACGAAAAGCGGAGCGGCAGGAGAGCACAGACAUAUCAAUGUCUCGCUUGCUCACGUCAUCGUGUCCGUCAAGCGACGACAGCAGCUCCGGCAGUUUGCCAGCUAUUACUCGAGUCGCGGCAUCUCCGGAGCUGAUCACCUGACGUCUUCGUUAUUACCAGUUAUGGCGCUGCGUCGACGAUGUUCGCCAUGCUACGAUGUGGUUGCGUGCGUUUACGAUGCGGAUCUACUCCAGAUGCGCACACGUACGCUGUUGAGUCGGGCGCGCGGCGCUGAAGUGCGCAACUGCUCGCAACUCUACUGUCUGUUGUUCACUAAAGAGGCGGGAAACUUUGUAUUGGCCAGCACGCAUUUUGGAGAAAACGCAAAGCGCAACUACAUAAAGGAGAAGGAUGAGUAUGGUAUCACUGAAGAAGCGGAGAGCGAUCUGGGUCGUGCUUUUACCUGGUCCGACAGAGAUGACCAAGGCUUGCUAAUGGUCCGCAUGGAAGAGGUGGGGCUACGAAAUGUUGUCGCCGCCGCUUCCAGUAGAGCGUCAUUUGCUGCGAGUACGGGUCGCAAGUUGCAUCAGUGGAGAGCUCAGGAACCAUAUCGAGGCGACGACGAAGAAAACCAACUGACAUCAGCUGGUGUCCGACUCCUCGACACAGAUCCGCCGGGAGAUUGCUUUGGUUUACUCGGUGGGAAGCCGCUCCUUGCCCGCACCAAGACCAUCGCUGAUGUUGGAGAUCUGCGUCAGAUCGCAGCAGGUGAGCAUUUCUUGAUGGCUACGUCGUCUUCAGGCGAGCUGUACAGCUGGGAAUCGUCUUCCUCUUCGACAGCACCGCCAAUAGGGCGGGGAUACGUCAUUCCUGAGCGAGUGCCCUGGUUUCAUUCGCCUGAAAAGGUAUUCCGUGUAGCAUGUGGUAGCCAUCACACGCUAGUGCUCACCAGUAGUGGGGUGUAUGCCUGGGGCUCCAACGUCUACGGCCAACUCGGACUAGGAGCUCACUGUUCUCCUGCAGACCCUCACACCUUAGAACCCGCACCAGUGCGUAUUCCAACCGAUGACAUGCCGGUGCUAGACAUCGCAUGUGGCGAUAUGCACUCCGUUGCAUUAACCGCUGGAGGACAAGUGCUUACGUUCGGGUGCAAUUGGGAGGGUCAGUUAGGUUUUAACGAACAGUCAAAUGCCAAGAUCGCCGAUGUGGUAGCCACGGGUUGUGCGUACGAACCUUUGCCAGUGUUGCUGCCACAAGAGCCCGACAUCGAUAAAAAAGUCUACUUGAUUACUGCUGGUCCACAGACGACUGCAGUUGUCGGCACAUCCGGACGGGUUUUUCAAUGGGGUAGAUGCGUACCCGACGGGCUCGAUGGAGUGUGUGGGCGAGUUAGUCGCCGGCUACCUGAGAGCCUCGAUGCUGUCAGCGAGUACGAGGGCACAUCGGGACCUGUAUGGCAUAGUAUUGCCAUUGCAGAUGGCUUAGUGACUCUUACUCGUCAUGCUACCGCGACUAGCGCUGUGUCCGAGGACCCAACAGCGCUCAAACGAUGA